AUGAUAUCUACUUGUGAAGAAAAUGAAGCGUCAAAUGAUAAACUGAUGUCGAAAGAUGGAACAAGAACUGUUUUACAAAUGGAAGAACUGACAGUUUUCAUUCCCAAGCUAUUUAUCAAAAAUAAGAAUGAAAAAGAGACGUUUCUUGGGGCUUCUUUUCGUCACUCGCAAGGCGAGCAUAAUUCAUAA